AUGUUCUCGGAGGUGAGCGACAUCAACCUAACGUCCAACCUGAGCGAGCCGCUGGCCUCUCUGGAACAGGACUGGAGCGACACGCCGCACGUGCGGCUGUCGCGCAGCGGUCACCGCGUGGUGUCGGUGUUUCUUGGCUCCAUCAUGGUGUUCGGCUUCCUCAACAACCUGCUGGUCCUGGUUCUGUUCUGCAAGUUCAAGACUCUGCGGACCCCCGUCAACAUGCUGCUGCUCAACAUCAGCGUCAGCGAUAUGCUGGUCUGCGUCUGCGGCACGACGCUCAGCUUCGCCUCCAGCCUGAGGACGCGCUGGUUGUACGGCCGACACGGCUGCAUGUGGUACGGCUUCAUCAACUCCUGCUUCGGUAUCGUGUCUUUGAUCUCUCUGUCCGUCUUGUCCUACGACCGCUACAGCACCCUGAUGGUGUACAACAAGCGGGCCCCGGACUAUAGGCGGCCCCUGCUGGCGGUGGGGGGGUCGUGGCUGUACUCGGUGGUGUGGACGGUGCCCCCCCUGCUGGGCUGGAGCAGCUACGGUCUGGAGGGGGCGGGGACCAGCUGCUCGGUGACGUGGACGGAGAGGACGUCUCGCUCUCACUCCUACAUCGUCUGUCUGUUCGUCUUCUGCCUCGGCUUGCCCGUCCUCGUCAUGGUGUACUGCUAUGGAUGCCUGCUCCACGCCGUCAAACAGGUGGGUCGUAUCAGGCGGACGGCGGCUCGUCGCAGAGAGUUUCACAUUCUGUUCAUGGUCAUCACCACGGUGGUGUGUUACCUGCUCUGCUGGAUGCCGUACGGCGUUGUCGCUAUGAUGGCCACCUUCGGCCGGCCGGGACUCAUCAGCCCCGUCGCCAGUGUCAUCCCGUCGAUCCUCGCCAAGAGCAGCACCGUCAUCAACCCCGUCAUCUACAUACUCAUGAACAAACAGUUCUAUCGCUGCUUCCUGAUCCUGCUCCACUGUAAACACCACCUGACGGAGAACGGACACUCCUCCCUCCCCUCAAAGACCACCAUGGUCCAGCUCAACCGCCGAGUCUGUGACGGCAGCCCCCUUGGCCUCGGCCCCGCGCCCGCUGUCACUAGACCCUGUGCGGUGGAGGUGGAGGGAACCAGCUCUGUGGCGUCCGACAAAACGGACCCGGCCGAGCCCCCUGACGUCUCCUCAUGAAGACAAUUAAUGAUGAACUGAAAGCUGAGGGGCAUGGCCAACAGACUCCCCCACCCCCUGUGGUGUCACGUGACACGAUAGCCCCGCCUGCUGGAAACCUAUGACUGAUGUGUGCUCGAUGUGACUUUGAAUGUCGGUGAAGUGAUGUCACUCCGGAGAAGCUGGAGGCAAAGCCUGGACAGAAGUACAGAGGCCCAGCUGAACCAAUGAUCAGUCAGUUUAAUGAAAACAUCAGCUGUAAACACAAACAAUUAAAGUUUGAAUUAAAAAUCAAAGUCCCACAUGUUGAUGCAGCAGUUUUAACAUGUUAUUAUAGUUAAUUAUUUAUUCAAACAAGUUAAUGAGUUUAAUGAGAACUAAAGUAUUUCAUAUAUAAACCUUAUAGAAAUGAUUGACAGCUGAUAUCACAGCUGACA